AUGGGACUCGGAUCGUCUGGAUCCCGAAGUUUUAUCUCAUUUUCCACAAUGUGUGGCGCGCGAUGUGGUAAAGGGCGAGAGGCGGGGGGAGGUGGGCGCUCGCGUCCGUCCGCCCGCGCCGCCACCGCAUCAUCAGUUCGCGUCGAAGACUUGAUCGUGACGCUUGUCUGCGAAGUCGUUCCCUCAGAUACGCUGCUGGUUUACGGAGUGCCGUAA